CGCCGCCCGUCGCUCUCAGAUUUGCGCGCCCGCCGCGCACCGCGUUACUCCCGUAGUGUACAUAUGAAACGAGUGUUCUGUGCAAAAUGCCGAAAAACAUACUCGCCGAGAUGGGGUCCCAGGUGGGCCUGACCCCCGCCCGACAGAAUAAAAAGGAAGCAGAAGAAUGGGCUCGCAGACAGAGCAGUCGGGGCGGUCAGAUGGUCAAUCCCUCAUUCGAACCCGACGACUUCCUCCCACAGAGUUUAUCACCAGUCAAAGAUGACAAGAAAGGACGGAAGGACAAGGGCAUUUUCCUAGUGAAUAUGAAAGAGAAGAACAUAGAAGAAGUAGAAGAAUAUGAACCCUACGACAACAGAGUAGUCGAUCAUCCUACGACGAACACCGAAACGCUGCUCCAUCUUCUCAAGGGCAGUCUGGGAACAGGUAUCCUGGCUAUGCCUCACGCUUUCAAGAACUCUGGCUAUGUAGUCGGGUCUAUAGGCACGGUGGUCAUCGGCGUUCUGUGCACGUAUUGUAUACAUGUGCUGAUCGACUCGUGCUAUGUGCUGUGCAAACGGCGGAGACUGCCAUCACUGACAUACACUGCUGCCGCCGAAGCUGCCUUGAACGAAGGACCGGAUGUAUUCAAGAAGUGUGCGCCGUAUGCAGCGCAUAUAGUGAACAUUUUCCUUCUGGUGUACCAGAUUGGAACAUGCUGUGUAUACGUCGUGUUCGUCGCUGAGAACAUCCAGUAUGUGCUGAAACAACAGUUCGAAAUAGACUUCAACAUAACCUAUAUCAUGUUAUGCAUACUCCUACCGCUGAUUUUCAUAAACUGGGUGCGGGAUUUGAAGUAUUUGGCGCCUUUUUCGGCCAUCGCCAACGCUGUGACUAUCGUCAGUUUCGGCAUCAUCCUGUACUACAUAUUCAGAGAAAUACCGUCAAUGGAAGGAAGGGUUCCUGCGGGCAGGAUCACGGAUUUCCCUCUCUUCUUCGGUACAGUGCUGUUCGCGUUAGAGGCUAUAGGAGUUAUUCUUCCUCUGGAGAAUGAAAUGAAGACACCUCGGGAUUUCGUUGGCAAAUUCGGUGUCCUCAACCGGGCUAUGAUAAGCAUCAUCAUACUGUAUGUGGGCAUGGGACUGUUCGGCUACCUGCGAUACGGCGUCGAAGCUAAAGGUUCCAUCACGCUUAACCUGCCGUCUGAUACUGAAGUGCUAGCCAGCGUCGUGCAAUGUUUGCUGGCGUUUGCGAUUUUUGUAACCCACGGCCUGGCGUGCUAUGUGGCUAUCGACAUCCUAUGGAACGAGUACAUCGGCCAGAGACUGCUCAACAGCAACCAUAGGCUGCUGUGGGAGUACGUGUUGAGGACUACCAUCGUGCUUAUUACAUUUGCAUUGGCUGUCGCGGUGCCACUACUGGACUUGUUCAUUUCGUUGUUCGGAGCGCUCUGCCUGUCCGCUCUAGGGCUCGCCUUCCCAGCUAUCAUACAAACUUGCACUUACUGGUACUACGUCUCCGACUCCGAGAGACUGCGGAUGAUCAUCAAAAACGCCAUAGUCGUCGUCUUCGGAGUCCUAGGUCUAAUCGUCGGUACCUGGACCUCGCUCCAAGGCAUCAUACAAAAGCUGGAGGAAGGAGACGACGGGAACUCCACAAUACCUUUCACAAACUCGACGCUAGAAAAUUAGACUUUUUUUUACAUAAUUUUGAGUGCCAUUUUAUUUAGUGAACCGUCCGUGGCAUAUUUUAAGUACAGCUAUGGAGUUUAGGUAUUAUUAAGGAUAAGUGUAAUUAUUGUGUAUGAUAGUUAUGAGUUCGGACUUUAGAUUAUGCGAAUACUGACAAAUUGAUUCAAUGUAUAUAUUUUUGGAAUGUGUAACAUUUGUCUGUAAAUAACAAAUAUCAGAUUAUUUUUCUAUACUCGCUCUAGGCUGGUCUGUAAGACUAGUGGCCGAAUCUACAUUCAUACAAAAUAUUUUUAGUUUAGAAAUAGCGAUACUUAAGUAUUAUGGUUUAAUAAUAGGAUUAUUUAUUUUAUAAUAGGGCCAAUUCUGAAUCGUCAAAAAACUAUCACUGAAGUAUUUUUAAUUGUAAUUCGUAUUUAAAGCUACUUUGACUAUUAGAAGUAAUUUUAACUGCUUGGCAUUAUUUAGAUGACUUACUACUACUACUGAUCUUUGGAGUUGAAUUAAGCAGUUUUUUACCAAAUUGGAUUACAUUCGAAAUGUAUUAUUUUUCGCACUGUAGAACAGUCGACAGUGAAAUAUUAGAGUAUUAAUAAAAGAUUUAUGUAUACGGUAAUCCUAGUUUGCUUUCAUAAUAAUUAACAAGUAAAGAGAAAAAACUAACGUGAUUAUACGGGCCAUAGUUACUAAGAUUAAGUUUGUGGUAAGAACGGGAGUGGUGGCUUUUUAAUAUCUUUGCAUAUUUCUUUGCAACACUUAUUUUCAAAUAUUAUGCAGCUUUCGGAUCGU